AUGAAGCCGAUAUUGAAAAAGACAAGCCAUUCGGAAAAGAAUUCUUUAGAUUUGGAUCGCGGUUGGGAAGAAGCAAUACAUUAUGGAAACCAUGGUUGGGGUGGGAGUUCUGGAUUUGGGAAGCCGAACUCGCUACGGAACUAUGAGAAUCGGUUCGGAGGAGGAGGAGGAGGAGGAGGUUUGGGAGGAGGUGGAGCGGCGGGAGGCGGCGGUCUGGGUAUCAACGAGGCAGGUGCAACUAUGGUUCGCGGCGGUAAGGACGUGAGCUUCAGUCUCUCAGCAACGGACUUGAGUGGAGCGGGACCUGGGGCUGGCUCUCGAAAAUAUUCACAUGCUCGCAGCACCAGCGGAACGUCCGUAGCUACGUCUGGCAGCGGACACCUUGGUGGCAUUCGAAGCGGCUCUUUCGUCCACCCUUUCCAGCAGAUACCGCGUUCAUCUACACCCCCCCUUUCCUACGCCAACUCUCUCACCUCCUUCGAGACCUCGAACCUGGUCCGCGAUUAUUCCCCGACAAUCACGGAGGACGAAGACCUCGACCCUCAAAACAGUCUCAAGAAUUACUACUCAACUCAGGCUUACCCCUCAUCUCUGAGGCGACCGUCCGUCGCCAGCCAGCCCAACUCUUCCCAAACCGACCUCACAGCCCCUCCUCCACUUCGAAUCAACACAUCUCAAAGUAACGCAGCCACCCCCGCUACGAGGCUGGGGCGGGGUAUGCUAACCACGAGCAAGUCCGACCUGAGGCUUGACGCUCUAUCCCCUGCGCAAGACUCACCCAUCUCAUCAAGCGUAGCUGUUGCAUGUGCAGUAGCCCAAUCAGUUACCUCGCCCGUGUCAUCGGUCGCCCCUACGUUGUCACCUAUUCGAAGCUCACUCGAAAUGAACUUUCGCCUACGAUCCCGUUCCGAGCUCGAUACCGCAUCCCGCCAGGAGCAAAUCCGAAGGGCUCGGAGAGAGUUUGAGGAUAAGGAAGCCCAGAAGCAGGCACUGCGCGACGAAAAGGCCGCGCGGAAGCGCGAUGCCCAGGUCGAGAGGGAAGCACAGAAAUUUGUGAAGAAGCAGAAGCAGCUCGCAAAGUCAAGUGGACUGGCCAGUGGCCGUAACAGCGUGAGCGCCGAAAUGCGACCCUCCUAUUCCAGGAAGAACACGGCUGGUACCAACGAGAGUCUCCUCGACUCGGAAAAGCUCGAGUUCGCGGCCAGGAACUAUGCGGCGACUGCUCCCGGCGCCGCGCCUACUGCUGCGGACACCCAGUUCGACGCUCCGCCGCGCCGGAUUCAUUCUGCGCGACGUAGGACGGCGUCGGCGUGGACGUCCUUCAUUCUUUGGGUCAGGACUAAGCUAUUCAAGGCAGAUCUCCUGGAGAGAGACCCAGUCGUCUGGCUACAAAGAAAUGUUGUCGGCCAUGAGUGGUUCAGCACAGGGCUCUCACAGUCUCAUCCCGGACCUGAUAGAGACGCAUCCACGAAGGACAAAGAAAUGUUCAUUGACAGACCAUACAAUGGCAAUGGUUAUGGUGAUGCCGAGGGCAACAGAAUCAGCAGGCUCAAGGAGCGUUUGGGCAAGCAGUCUUCUGAGCCAUCCAGCACCCCUCACAACACAAGCCUCUAUUCCAUGGACCUAGCCUUGACCCCGGCCUCGGCCUCAGCUCUUACCUUAGACCCACGAGAAGAAGGCGACUCCUAUCAGUUGACCAUUGACGGUUACCAACCGCGCUGCCGCAUCUUUUCCGUGAUGGCUAUCCCCUCCUUCCCGCCGAUCUACAUUUGGGCCCGACUCAUCGCCUACCUACGUCAUACGGCCGUGAGGAAUACAGCAUCGCGGUUGAUCGAUCCUCCCCACUCUCUCGUCCUUGCCUCGGUAGACAUCCUAUAG